CCCACAUAAGAAAACAAACAAACAUGCGAUUAAUUCAAAUGCAAACGACAAAAGGUGAAAGGUCAAUUUUUUAAUCAAUUUAUAAAUAAAUUAUCAAUCGUCUCAAGUGUUGUAAAUACCGAUAAACCACAUCGCAACAGAGUUAAUCAACUCUUCCAAAAAUGGGCCGCCUCGUCGAAUUCCUCGAAACCCACCGAGGCCUCGUCGUCCUCUUCUUCUGCCUCCCCGCCAGCUACAUUUUCAACCUCUUCCUAACAAUCCGCAAAACCCUCCACCGGUUUUUCUUCAGCAGCCCCACAAACCACGAUUCGCGCGUCCGCGCGAUCCAGAAACAAAUCCAACAAUGGAACAAAAUCCCCAAAGACGAACGAAAACUUCUAUGUACAGCGCGCCCCAACUGGCUAAGCCUCUCCACCACCUUCUACCGCAAAGACCUGUGCCACAAAAUCAACGUCGAUCUGUUCGACAUUCUGCAAUUGGAUGAACACAAUCUGACCGUGCGGGUCGAACCCAUGGUCACUGUGGGCGAAAUCACGCAAUUUUUAAUUCCGCGGGGGUUCACCCUAGCUGUGACACUUGAAAUUGCCGACGCCACGCUCGGGGGGCUCGCGCUGGGCACCGGCAUGACGACGCACUCACACAAAGUGGGGCUGUACCACGAAACGGUGGUUUCGUACGAGGUGGUUUUGCACGAUGGGAGUCUUGUCAGGGCUGCGAAGAACGAAAACGCUGAUCUUUAUAAAACCCUGCCGUGGUCACACGGCAGUCUGGGGUUUCUUGUAGCCUUAACCUUGAGACUUGUGAAAGUCAAGCCCUUUAUCAAAAUGAAUUAUAUUCCGGUCGAAGGGAAGAAAAACUACUGUGAUAUGAUCAGGUUAUUGUCAGGCGAUAGUGGCGAUUAUCCCACUGAAGAUUACGUGGAAGCGACUAUUUAUAGCCCUGAAAGGGCCGUAAUAAUGACAGGGUCUUACUCCGACUAUGACCCAAACCUGCCGAUAAACCACGUAAAUCGCUGGUACAAACCGUGGUUUUACAAAUACGUGGAAACAUUCCUCAAAAAAGGCAAACACACAGAGUUGAUCCCUUUACGGGAGUAUUUACUGCGCCACAACCGGGCCAUUUUCUGGGUCGUUGAAUCAAUGAUCCCCUUCGGCAACAACCCCCUUUUCCGCCUAUUCUUCGGCUGGUUGUUGCCCCCAAAGCCAGCAUUCCUCAAAUUCACGACAACCCCCGGCGUACGAGUUUACACUUUCACAAGACAAGUGUUCCAAGACAUUGUCCUACCAAUUCGCAAACUUGAGGAUCAAAUCGAUAAAUCGGACGAACUUUUCGACGCCUAUCCACUUCUGGUCUACCCAUGUCGGGUUUAUGACAGAGGACCGGCUUCCGGUCAGUUGAAAGCGCCCCGGAAGGAGUAUAUCGUUGAGGGGACCGAUUAUGCAAUGUACAACGAUUUGGGGAUUUAUGGGGUGCCUGGGUAUGUGAAACGCAAGGAGCGGUAUAAUCCUGUUUAUGCGAUGAGGGAGAUGGAGAAGUUUACGCGUGAUAUUGGGGGUUUUUCGUUCUUGUAUGCCGAUAUUUUCAUGACUAGGGAAGAGUUUGAGGAAAUGUUUGACUUGACGUUGUAUGAGAAAGUGCGGAGGAAGUAUGGGGCCGAGGGGUCGUUCCCACAUCUUUACGAUAAGGUCAAGCCGGAAAUCGAUGUGUUCGAAGUGGGGCAACGAUUCGAAAUCAAGUGAAAAUGGCAUACAAGUAUUUUUCUACGAUUAAAAAUGUAUUAUUGGUUGCGUAUUCAUAACUAUUUGUUAAUCCAGUUUUUAUUUUUUUAUGCAUAUUUUACUGAAAUAAUAUAUUCUAUUACGUAAUAAAUUAUUUUUUCCAUA